AUGCCGGGUCUUAUUGGCAUUGGUGAAUUUAUUGAGGAAACCCGAGAAGAUUACAGUUCACCAACCACUUCAACAUUCGUGUCGCGUAUGCCACAAUGUCGCCAAACAAUAAAUGCAUUAGAAGAAACACUAGAUUUCGACCGGGAGGGCCUCACCAAAUUGAAGAAGGCCAUCAAAGCCAUACACAAUUCCGGAAAUGCACACGUGGACAACGAGAUGUACCUGUCGCGGGCGCUGGAGCGGCUCGGUGGCAACGCGCUCAGCAAGGACUCUGAGCCCGAUAUCGGCGCCGCUUUCUUCAAGUUCGCCGUCGUCACCAAGGAACUGUCGGCGCUCAUGAAGACCUUGAUGCAGAACGUCAACAACAUAGUAAUGUUCCCAGUGGAUAGUUUGUUGAAAGGUGAUCUCAGAGGUGUUAAGGGCGAUCUAAAGAGGCCAUUCGACAAAGCGUCCAAAGACUACGAGUCCAAGUACCUGAAAAUCGAGAAGGAGAAGAAGUCGCAGGCGAAGGAGGCCGGUCUCAUCCGGACCGAAGUGACACCAGCGGAGAUAGCCGAUGAAAUGGAGAAAGAAAGGAGACUGUUUCAGUUGCAAAUGUGCGAGUACCUGAUAAAGUUCAACGAGAUCAAGACGAAGAAGGGCAUCGAGCUGCUACAGCACCUAGUCGAGUACUACCACGCGCAGACGAACUAUUUCCAAGAUGGCCUGAAGACGAUCGAGCACUUUGGGGUGUACGUGGCGGACUUGAGCGUGCAAUUGCAGAAGAUAAGGCAGCAGCAAGACGACGAGCGGCGGAGGCUGCUUGAACUCAGGAACAUGCUCCGGGCCGCUGCUCCACAGGAUAGAGAGGUUGCGUCAACAUUAGGCGGAUACUCGUUGCACCAGUUACAAGGCGACAAGCAGCACGGCGUGACCAGGAGCGGCUAUUUGCUGAAGAAGUCCGAAGGGAAGGUGCGCCGUGUGUGGCAGAAGCGUCGGUGCCGGGUGGCAGCCGAGGGCUACCUGGACAUAUUCCACGCGGACGAGAACAAACCGCCCGCCAGGGUCAACCUGCUCACCUGCCAAAUUAAAGUCGCCUCCGAAGACAAGAGGUCCUUCGAUCUAGUCUCCUACAACCGCACGUACCACUUCCAAGCGGACGACGAGAGCGACCAGCGCGCUUGGACCUCCGUGCUGGUGAACUGCAAGGAGGGCGCUCUGCUGAGGGCGUUCCACCAGCAGGCAGGAGAGGGCGACGGCCACUCGCUGCUCGACCUGCAGCGGGCGAUUAUACGGGCCGUGCGCUCGAUGCCCGGCAACCACGUGUGUGCGGACUGCGGCUCCUCAAACGACCCCACAUGGCUUUCCACCAACUUCGGAAUAAUAGUCUGCAUAGAAUGCUCGGGAAGCCAUAGGGAGCUGGGCGUGCAUAUAUCGCGAAUUCAGUCCCUUACGUUGGACAGGCUGAGCACUUCACAGUUGCUGCUGGCCCGACACAUGGGCAACCAGCUCUUCAACGAGGUCAUGGAGAACACUCUGGAUGAGCGGGACAAACUCACUCCUGAGAGCACCAUGGAGGAGCGUCUGCGGUUCAUCCGCGAGAAGUACGUGUACCGCGCCUGGGCGGCGCGCACUUGCCGCGACGAGGCAGAGCGCCUCUCCGAGGUGGAGCACGCCGUCAACAACGCGCACCUGCAGAACCUGCUGCAGGCCUACGCGGAGGGCGCCGACCUCGCCGCCCAGCUGCCGUGCUCCGACUGCGGCGAGACGGCACUCCACCUGGCGAUAUCGCGCGAGCUCGGCGACGGCUCGUGCCUGCACAUCGUCGACUUCCUCGUGCAGAACGGCGGGCCGCAGCUGCUCGACCGCACCACCGCGUCGGGCAUGAGCGCGCUGCACCUCUGCGCGAUGUUCGACCGCACGGAGCCGAUGAAGCUGCUGCUCAAGGCGGGCGCCGACGCGGCCAUCAGGGACGCCGGCGGCCGCACCGCGCUCGCGCUCGCCCGCCAGCUGGGGCACCGCGCCUGCCAGGAGCUGUUGGAGAGUGUCGACAAGAGGGAGAAGAGUAUUUUCGAAAACAUCAACAUCGAUUGGAACUUGUCCCAUGACGAUGGAUCCACGGACUUCUCGGAUGACGACACAGUGAUUGAUGAGAGACAGAACGGUAGUGUCACACCGGAGAAGAAGUGCCCGCGCUCGCGGCCGCCGUCCUACGCGGGCGGCGCUUGCGGGGGAGGGGGUGCGGCGGGGGGCGCGGGCGGCGGAGGGGGAGGGGGCGACUCGCCCGUGCUCCGCUCGCGCUCGUCCACGUGCGACUCGCUUCACCACGCCCCACCAACGCCCACCACGCUGCCCAGGAAGCCCAACGUGUAUAAUAUCGGCAGCCUGAAGAAGCGUGCUGCACCAUUACCACCGGCCGUGGCGUUGUCGCACCCACCGCCGCAUCCACGGUCCACACCAUCGCCUUCUGCAGACAGCACUCGAUCUAUACAUGCCGGCGGCGUGGUGAAGCACCGGCCCCAGCAGCCACCCCCCCCCCCGCCCCCCGCCACGAUGCACAACGGCGCCCACCACCGCGACGAGCCGACGCCGCCGCCCAGAAAGAAGAAAAAUAGAUUGCACCUGGAAAAGGCUGUCAAUGCGAAACUGAAAAGGGAGUGUUCUAGCCAAGAGUCCUCGCUGGAGCUGUGCGACGUGUCGGACGCGUGCCUCGACGACAGCCGCGUGCAGUCGUCGCCCUCGUGCGAGGGCGCGCGCUCGCGGGACCGCUCGCGCCACAGCCACAGCGACAGCCGCUCGCUCGACGUCUCCGACGCGUCGAGCGUGCACUCGCGCUCGCCGUCCGCCUCCGUCACUAUGAUGAGCGGCAGCAUGAGACGAUGUCGGGCCCUGUACGACUGUUCGGCCGACAACGAAGACGAGCUCUCGUUCCGCGAAGGCGAGGUCAUCGUCGUCAUCAACGAGCGCACUGAGGACGACAACUGGAUGGAGGGCCAAGUAGAGGGCACGAACAGACGCGGCAUGUUCCCCGUCUCCUUCGUCCACAUGCUACCGGAC